AUGUCCGUGCCAAUACGACCACAGGUUUAUUUGGGAUCCAGAGCGCCGAAUUUCAAGAGUUCUUCCUCGCAAGGUCAAAUUGACUUCUACAAGUAUAUUGGAGACUCGUGGUGUCUAUUCUUCUCACAUCCUGGUGACUACACGCCAGUCUGCAGCACAGAGCUUGGUGCCUUCGCGGCAUUGCAUGGCGAGUUUGAAGAAAGAAAUUGCAAACUGCUGGGGCUCUCCACCAAUGCCAGAGACACGCACAACAGGUGGCUUCAAGACAUUGAGCAAAUCACCGGCUCGAAGGUGACGUUCCCCAUCAUAUGCGAUGAAGAUCGCCGUAUAUCCACGAUGUAUGGAAUGAUUGAUCUACGAAAUUUCGACGAGAGAGGAAUGCCGGUGCCGAUACGGUCUGUCUACCUGAUCGACCCCAGCAAGGAGGUACGCCUCCUGCACGCAUAUCCGUUAUCCACCGGGAGAAACACCGCAGAGAUUCUGAGAUGUCUAGAUUCGCUACAAGUUGUAGACAAGCUAGAUAGAAAGAUAAUGACCCCAGUGAACUGGAUUCCCGGCGACGACGUUGUUGUUUCACCGGAGCUGAACGAGCCGCGUGCAAAGGAGCUGUUCCCGAACCACCGAGUAAUAAGGCCGUAUCUGAGACUCACGCCGUUGGACCCGGACACGUGA